AUCCCAUCAUGCACUUUUCUGAGACUGAGUGACAUCCGGUUUAAGUCAUGGAGGCUAUCCAUCAAGCGAAAAAUCUUCUUCGACAAGAGCUAAAGAAGAGACUGAAAGCUCUUUCUGAGCCAGAGAAGGUCAGGCAGUCUCUUUACAUAACACAAAAGCUAAUGUCACACCCUGCCUACCAGAAAAGCCAGCGGAUAUCAGUCUACCUGGCCAUGAAGAAAGAAGAAGUGGACACGACUGGUAUCCUUCAGAACAUGUUCACCCAGAAUAAAUCCUGCUACAUUCCUCAGUACAUUGGUCCCAAGAUGAAUAUGCUGAGGAUGACCUCUAUGGAGGAUUAUGAAGCUCUGCCAGAAACAAAAUGGAAGAUCAAGCAGCCGGCUGAUGAUGAUGAGAGGGAAGAUGCUCUAAAAACAGGAGGUCUGGAUUUGAUUAUUGUCCCUGGCCUUGGAUUCAGCAAAGAGGGUCAUCGUCUUGGGAGAGGAAAGGGAUACUAUGACAUCUACCAGAAGCGAUGUUUGGAGGAAUCUGGAAUCAAACCGGUUACAAUUGCCUUGGCUUUCAAGGAACAGAUUUGCGAGAGUAUACCUGUCACAGACAAUGAUGUCACAAUAGACUACGUGCUCUAUGGAGACAUGGAUGACUGAUCAAGCUUUGGAGAGAGCAAAGGUACACUCUUAAAACUCAACAGUAUUUUGAUUAGAAAAUUGAAAGAUCGAUGGGGUUGCUCAGGAUUUGAAGAAAGAAGAACAUGAUAAAGUUUU